UUUGCUAACUAUAUAAUCGCCAUUGCAUUGGUUUCGUGCGCUCAAAUGCGGGUUUAUGUCAUUUUGGGAAAACAAUGACGACAGACGCGCGCACACACAUAUAGCGGAGAUAAGCGCAUCUCUCUCCCUCUCGCUCUGCGUGUCAGUCGCCCAGUGCAUCACGGCAGUGUGCGUUCAGCAGCAGCAUCCUACGCACUUGCACCGUACAACAUUACAAUACACACAAUAACAAAAGAAGGAAGAAAGAACGAUAAAAAAAAAAAAAAAAAAAAAGACAAGCUCGUGGCUCGUCUAAGGACGCUUGUCUUUUUUUAAUUUAUCGCCCUCGCAGUUUUGGACAUCUCCAGACGUUAGCUCGGACUUCUCUCUUCCACUCUUCAAGGCAAAAUGGGGAAACAGAACAGCAAGCUGACCCCCGAGGUGAUGGAAGAUCUGGUGAAGAAUACAGAAUUCAAUGAACAUGAGCUGAAGCAGUGGUACAAGGGUUUCCUUAAGGACUGUCCCACCGGACGGCUUAACCUAGAGGAGUUCCAGCAGCUCUAUGUCAAGUUCUUCCCUUACGGUGAUGCGUCCAAGUUCGCCCAGCACGCCUUUAGAACUUUCGACAAGAACAGCGAUGGCACCAUCGACUUCAGAGAGUUCAUCUGUGCGUUGUCCAUCACGUCACGGGGCAGCUUUGAGCAGAAGCUCAACUGGGCCUUCAACAUGUACGACCUGGAUGGAGAUGGCAAGAUAACACGGGUGGAGAUGCUGGAAAUCAUCGAGGCCAUCUACAAAAUGGUGGGCACGGUGAUCAUGAUGAAAAUGAAUGAGGACGGUCUGACGCCCCAGCAGCGAGUGGACAAGAUCUUUUCCAAGAUGGAUAAGAACAACGAUGACCAGAUCUCGCUGGAGGAGUUCAAAGAGGCGGCCAAGAGUGACCCCUCCAUCGUAUUACUCCUGCAGUGUGACCUCCAGAAAUAAGGUGAAGGCUGAGCGGAGCAACCCAGACCAGACAACACCGCCGCUCCUCCCACAGACUGCAAAGAAAGAAUUUCAUGUUCCAUUCAGUUUGCAGCUAUUUCCACUGAACAACUACAGAAAAAAAAAAAAAAAAAAUG